GCAGGGGUGCAUGACGGACUUGCAACGGUCGAGGCGGCGGGACCUCGUGCGAUUGGCCAGCUGUUAGGUUCAAAUAAGCGCCUGUGCGCUGUGUACGUAAUGGAUAGGCGCCUAGUAAGGAGUAUUGAGACUCGCCUGGUCACUCCCUGGUUCAUUCGCAACGAACGCGUCCUCGUCUUCCCCCUCUUUCUCCCUCGUUGCGCUUCUGCGCUCCAUGGCCACUCCUUUUGCGUUCGUGACGCUUGUCUCUUCAGAUUCAUAUCUUCCAGGCGCAUUGGCCUUGGUAGCAGCUCUCAAGGAGUUACACCCCAAGCCUCCUGUGCCCCCAGAAGUUGACUUUCAGACAGUAUGUCUCGUCACGCCGGAGAUGGUGGAUGUGUCUUCCAUCAGGCUCUUGCGCAAGGCUUUUGACCUGGUCGUUGGCGUUGAAGUCAUCGAGCAGCGGGACGUCAAGGGGUUGCAGUUACUCGGUCGACUUGACCUUAAUAGUGUCCUCACGAAACUACACAUAUUCCGAUUAACGCAAUACUCUAAAAUAAUCUUCCUUGAUGCGGACGUCCUUCCAAUCCGUCCUCUCUCGCACCUCUUCAAUCUACCUUAUGAAUUCGCCGCCGUCCCGGAUGUAGGGUGGCCGGACAUCUUCAACUCGGGUGUACUCGUGCUCUCUCCUGGGGAAGACAAGUUCAACGAACUGAGGGAAUUGCUGAAAUCCAGGGGUAGUUGGGAUGGCGGUGAUCAAGGUUUAUUGAAUGAAUGGCGAGGCCAUAAUUGGCACCGACUGAGCUUCACCUAUAACACGACACCAACUGCGGCUUACACCUAUGCUCCUGCCUAUGAGCGCUUUGGGUCCAAGAUUUCCGCAAUCCAUUUCAUUGGACCAAAUAAGCCAUGGAAAUCACUUCCGUUCCGUGCCCCAGGAACGAAAAGCACGGAGAAACCCAGUCUGGGUGCUCAACAGACGUAUGACUACUCCACGCUUUUGGACCGUUGGUACGAAGUAUAUGACCGGAAUUAUCGGACUACGACACCGACUGCGCAACAAGCAUUCGAGAUUCAGCGGUAUGCAUCUGCAUGGGACAAAGGAUCCACGUUCGGUGCUGAGAUACCAACGAUCACUGGUGUACCUCCAGUAGGGGCUACGAUGGGUUUGGAUGAACUGAAGCGGAUUACUACGGAGGGCAUCAGCAGCCUUUCGCUUCCGGCUCCUGGCAAACCCGCCGAAGGAGAAUACCGAUCCCUACCUUUGGACGGAAGAGUGGAUCUUAUGCAACCGAAGUAUGAACCUGGACCCGAACCCGAGUAUGUUCAACACGGUGCAGUUGAUACGUCCCCACGACAAGCACCUCCCAUGACCACUGAGGUACCAUUGCGGUUGGAGACGCUUCCUACACCAGGCCCGAACGAAGUUCCACCGGCGCCAUAUCACUAUGGUCAUUCGUUGCCUCCAACUGAGAUGCCUACACCAUACUAUGGUCCUUCAGGUCAACAGCCUCAUCCUGAGCAGUUCGAGGGUGGUCCUGGCUCUGGGCAGCCUUCGGCAAUCAUUCCUCCUGGUGAUCAGCAGGGUCAAUACUUCCCUCCAGCCGAGUCACACGAGCAACCUACAAUUUCGCAAGGCCCGCAAGGUCAUGACCAUCCUCAUAUUCAAUAUCGCCCUCCUGUUGAAGAGACUCAGCACCAUCCAGUCCAGCACCAUGACAUUCGUCAAGCUCCAAUCCAACUGACACGAGGUAGCAGAGAAGGGUCUCCGACACAACCACGCUCUGGACGCGGAUCCCCAGUUCCUCCUAUACAGCAGCAGCCUCAAACCCAGUACCAAAGUCCGCAGUAUUAUCCUCAGCAGCAACCCCGUUCACCAUCCCCUCCUAGGGUCCCAUGGAACCCUGCAAUUGAGCCGCCUCCACGAGAUGUUCCCCUUGUUUCUUCAUUUCCCGCUGAUACCUACUUUCCCAAUAUCUGGGAUCAGCCUCCGAGUCAGCAGCACGAUGCGACGUUCCAAUCCUUCCCUCUGCACCCAUCCACACCUCAUGUCAACAAGACUGAUGCAUUCUUUCACGCACCUCCAUCCGUGAUCCCUGAACAACUCGUUCGAGAGGGACAGUACGCGAAUGUUUUGGGAUCUCCCACUUCACCUGAGAGACCAGGUGGAUUGACUCAGGUACCUACUCCAGAUCGCAACAAGGUGAAGACUAUAUUCCCUUGGGAAGAAAAGCCACGCCACUUUCCUCGUCGUGUCUUCCCUGCGGCAGAAGCUCCCCCUCGUACCGCCAAGUUCAUUGAGGAAGAGAAGCCGAAACCUUCCCCGCCUAAGAGUGCUACUGAGCGUCCUCAUUUGUCCAUUCAUACGCCUUCUCCCGCUACUGGUUUACCACCCAGCUUGACUUUCGCGAAUGCAUGGGAUACAGUUCCUAGUAUCCAGCGUUAUGCAUCUAAGUUGGUUCGUCCUCACAUCUUCCAGAUGCAGCAGUUCCAGCCUCCCCAGCCUCCUGAGAAUGGAUGGCGCAAGUUGGACAAGGAGAGACAACGUACCUUCCAAGAGCGUCAGGACGCAAGCAGCAUGGACGGUGAUGACGAGGAUGAAGGCGAAGAUGAGGGUGAUAGCGAACUUAGCGACGACGAAAAGCAGAAACAUCGGUCUAGGGUGUCCAGCCCCUCUUUUGUGCCGGCGCAGAGUAAAAGCAACAAACAAUACAAGAUGCAAGGAGUGCAGACUAUUACCCCAAAGAUGAAGAGCAAGGCUGUUCAAGUCACAAUCCUUCGAGAUGAUGGAACUCGCGCUCGAACAGAGUCCUUAUCCAGCACGAAGACUACCCGUAGCAUUGGCACUGCCCCCGCUGCUGCGAAGAGAGAACGGCAUCCAUCGUCUUCCCCGGUUUUGUUGCCUUCAGCAGUUUUGCGCGAAGCAAGGACAGAGUACCGUGGCGAGCAAAUGUCUGGCACGCCUUUGGUGGACACGAGUCUUCGAGCAUCCAUGCCGUUCCCGUCCAUGGAGACCCCUACCGGGUUGAGGUCACCCCAGACCUUGGGUUCGCCCCGCACGUACUCCCCGCCCAACAUCGGUUCACCCGCCAAGUCACCUUCUCCACCCAAGUCUGGAUCUCCUCGUCAAUCUCUUGCAAAACCGUCAGGCUCUCGGCGUACUUCAACUUCGACACCUCCCACAUCCACUUCCCCACAACCUAUUCUUUCACCACCACAGGCACUGCGACCCGCGCCAUCUCCUCGUAGGGUCUCAACAUCCACACCGCCCUUAAAAACUGAGUCUCCUGUCACUGGUACCGCGGUACCCCGAGGCCCCCAAGCUACACCACCACCCCAACGAGCUCUACCCAAGCUAUCUUCACCAUUCUCGCCUCAGCUUGCGCGAUCUAUCUCGAUGGAAACUGCGGCGACGCUCUCUCCCGCCACCUCUGCCUCGUUAGCCACUCCCGAAGGCACUCCUGUGACACCUAGCCGUACAGGAGGUCGCGUCUUCGACCCUGCACGCGGUGUCGAUGUUUUCAAGCGUGGCUCUGAAGAAGUGUUGGCACGCUUCCUGCGUAUGGGCUCAUUCGAAGAAGAGGAAUCCCAAAGACGCCAACAUGUACAAUAGGUGUUGUACUUGGGUGUAUAAUGUUUUAUUCAUUCUCGAAUUGUUGUUGUGUAAUCAGUCUUUUUUGUGUUCUUUUAUGUCCCGUCACAGAUUCUACUCUCUUGUCCGUCAUCUUUCUACCCAUCCUCAACGUGAUCCCCUCUCACCUCCAAUACCUGUCUCCACAGCAUUCGGAUACCCUUCCUACCGCAUUCACUCCCCCUCAUCGUUGCCUUUCAAUUUGUUUGUCUCGUUUUUGUUUAUUCCUCUGUUAUUCUCCUGGAAAUGGAUCGAAAUCAUGUCUCAAAUAGCACCGAAAACAUAGCGACGUCAGUCUUUCAAUCUCCUACUGGAACUCUAACGUCGGUGAACGUGUACACUUAGAGCAUUAUAAAUUACUCGCACAAGUCCUCACUCAGAACAUGAGCGUUGUUUGACAUUCAAAGUUUCUCUGAUCAGCGUGGCCCAAAUCUCUCGGGAGCCAUGAGAAAGUGGGGCCUGCCAAUCAGAUUGCAUUAUUCUUGGUAUAUACACUUUGUAUUUGGGACGAGUUGCAGACUGGCAAGCAUCAUGCCCAACGUCCCAUCCUAGUAUGUCU